AUGGUCGAUGAAAGUAAAUUAACACCUUUGAACACUCGAGUCGAUCCAACGACACUUCGCUACUUUAUGUGCUAUUUGUGCGGCGAUACCUACUACAUUCAAUCAGACUAUCAGAGACACAUCGUCGAUCAUCAAUGGGCCAGCCUGGCGGAACAACUCUACGAAGAGGAGAUUAAAAAUGAACGAAUGACUCAAAGGGAGAAAAAUCGCCAGAGGUCCGUCCAAGAAGAGCCCAUUUCGAGAAAAGCCUCUGCUCAAGAAAUUGCAACAGAAAAGAUCCCAAGCCGUCGUCAAUCAAUUACUAAGAGCAAGAGUGGGGAUACCGAAAAGAAAACAGUGAAGAGGGAGAAACUAUCUGAAAUGGAUCUUAGCAAAGUAAAAUUGGAAAAUCAAAAGGUAGGAAAUAGUGCGAAGCCAAUGUUCAUUAAGAAGGAGCCACAGAUGAUAAUCUCGCCUGUACUUUUCCAGGAAAUGGUUUGUCUCGAAAAACUUCUUGGAAAUGCAAACUUCAGGAUCGUGCCUCGACGACCUCAGUUAAGCGACCACUUGUCUCAAAACACAGAAAAGAAGAACAAGUCUGAAAUGGCUGAGAAGCAAGAUCAAUUGAUUGAGCCUGAUAGUGGAUCGAGUGGAGUGCAAGAGGAAAAUAGUGUGGUCUCUGCAACCCGAAAACGCCAUGCAUCAACUUCAGUAAAAUCAAAGCUCUGUUCUGUAAAGAAAGAAAAGUUAAUCGACCGCGAGUUAGAAAUGACCGAAAAAUCAAUGUCACCUGCUGCAAACCAAGUUCCGCGGGCUUCUCAAUCACCUUCAGUCCAAAUGCCUUUACCGACCAUUCUUCUUGACCAACCAUCGCCAUCAUCAAGCUCUUUCAAUCAAAUUCCACCCACUGAUGAAGUUAAAGAGUCUUUUGUUGUUGCCGAUGGACUACUAACCUGUAAAAUCAAAGCUGAAGUGGCUUCAAUCAUGACUGCCUUGCUAGAAGAUGUAUCAAUGGAAAACAGUUCUCAAAAGCUUCAAUGCGACAAAUGCAGCAUCGAUUUUCCAAACAAACUUUCUUUAAUCAAUCACAAUAUUUUAUCUCAUAAUAUGAACAUCGACCAAGUUAAGAUGAAGUACUAUGCAGACGACCGCUUUAUUAAAGAAACACCACUGGUUGAUCAUCCUUCAUGUAACAAAUGUAAUAUUCGUUUCUCCCAUCCAUCCAGGUACUAUGUUCACAUGUUCACCAUGCACAGAGAGCAUUUCUUCACACGAAAGGACACCACUCGGGUACACUUCAGCUUUGUUAUCCAAGGUAUGGCGGUGUUGUACGAAGACGAAUUCGAGUUGUUCAGGGACGGAGCUUUAUCGGGU